AUGAGAAAAGAGAGCCCCUCCCAAUUGCAGGAGGAGGACGACGGCGGCGAGAUCGGCGUCGUCGAGACGAAACAGAAGCAUCCGCGUCGGUUCAGUCUUGUGCAUCAGGCGAGCUGCGAGACCCAACACCACAAGGGCGUCCGGCGGCAGAACACGUUUCAGCAUCGCAAACAGCUCAGCGACGAGAUGCGCGGUCAGAAGAUAUUCCAACAGUUGAACGACGAGGGCGUCGAGGUGAUCUGGGCGGCGAACAACGGCGAGAUCGCGUUCUCGGCCGUCGUCUCGUCGACGACGCCGCUUCCGCACUUCGUCGCCGACGUCGUCGCCUCGUUCGCGUCGGCCGGCGUCCGAAUCGAGCACAUCGAGUCGCGCGAGUCUCGUCGCGUCGCCGCUUUCGAUUUGCUCGUCGAUUGUCGCGCGACGAAGAAGCAGCUCGUCGAGGCCGCCUCGCAGCUCACGAGCGUCCAUCGCGGUCUCACCGCGUUCGCCAUCUAUCGCAAAGAUCCCCAACAACAAGGCAAGUCGCACUGGUUUCCAACGCACAUCAGCGAUCUCGACAUGUGCUCGAAUUGCCUGACGAAGUAUGAGCCGACGACCGAUCCAAGGCAUCCAGGUCACGGCGACGAAAAAUACAUUGCGCGUCGCAAUUAUCUCAACGAUCUCGCCAAACACUAUAAACACGGCGACGAGAUUGAUAUCGUCGAUUAUACCGAAGAGGAGCACGCCACGUGGAAAGCGGUCUACGAGAAGCUGCUCACACUGCACGAAUCGCACACGUGCAACGUCUAUCGCGAGAAUCUGCGAAUGCUUCAAUUGGAAGGUGUUCUGACGGCGGAUCGGAUUCCUCAGAUUCGAGACGUCAACAAAUUUUUGCAGCGCAAAACUGGAUUCGUUUUGAGACCUUGCAGCGGUUUGCUGUCGGCGCGCGACUUUCUCGCGUCGCUGGCGUUCCGCGUCUUCCAAACCACCACUUAUCUUCGUCACAGCGGAAGUCCCCAUCAUUCGCCGGAACCCGAUUUGAUUCAUGAGCUUCUUGGACAUGUGCCGAUGUUCGCCGAUCCGAUACUCGCGCAAAUGUCGCAAGACAUCGGUUUGAUGAGCCUCGGCGCCAGCGACGAGAACAUUGAGAAACUCGCGACAGUUUAUUGGUUCAUCGUCGAGUUCGGGUUGUGUAAAGAGGAUGGCAAGUUGAAGGCAAUCGGCGCCGGACUACUAUCAGCAUAUGGAGAGCUCAUUCACGCGUGCUCCGAUGCUCCGCAACACAGAGAUUUCGAUCCGCAAGUGACCGCGCUGCAAACUUAUGAGGAUUCCGAUUAUCAACCUCUCUAUUUCGUCGCCGACAGCAUUCAUGAUGCGCUUUCAAAGUUGAGAAAAUUCGCCUCCUCAAUGGACCGCCCAUUUUCGGUCGUCUACGAUCCAUUCACCAAAUCUGUCGAAACCGUCAAGUCAAGCGCCGACCUUGAAAAAGCGUUCGGUCGACUUUCCAACGAUCUAAGCGCAAUUACGCACGCCGCUGAUCGCAUGAAGAUCACAAUUAGCAAGUAG